AUGGGUGCAGCAGUCUUAGAACAUGUACGUGCAAGUCGAAGUAACUAUGGAGCAGAAUCUGAAACCGAAUGCGUGUCGGAGUUCAUAAGCUUCAUAACGGGCGAGGCCUCCGACAAGUGCCAGCGGGAGAAGCGGAAGACCAUCAACGGCGACGACCUCCUCUGGGCCAUGACAACGCUCGGCUUCGAGGACUACGUCGACCCUCUCAAGGUUUACCUCCAGCGCUUCCGGGAGAUCGAGGGCGAGAAGACCGUCGCCGCUCGCGACAAGGACGCUGCCUCCGCCGCCGCUACUUACGACUACCCCUCCCCCUCCCCCUCUCCCUCCCCCGCCGUCAUGCACCAUCACCAUCACCAUCACCAUCACGGACACGGACACGUGUACGGCUCCCCCGCCUUCCACGCUCCUGUUAUGCCUAUGCCUAAGCCUGGGCCUUUGCCUGGGCCUGGGCCUGGCCCUGGCCCCACUUAUCCUCCUGGUAGACCCAGAUAGACACACACACACGUGCUCCUCUCUUCGCCAAUCGCCACUCCUUUUCUAUUUUAUUAUUAUUAUUAUUAUUAUUAUUAUUUUUAAAAUCAUAAACACACGCAACACUAAUUAAUUUGGGGGUUGCCUUGCGUUAAUUUUAUUAAUUAAUCUCUCAACUCAAGUCAAGGCAACUCAACUCAAUUCCAUUCUCUUAUUACACCAACAAAUAAGUAUGGAGUUCCUAUUUUAUUUUCAUUCGCAAUUCACUUCCUCACUUAGUGUUGCUACUGCUUCUACCAUCCGUACAGUGUUUUUUUUUUUUUUCCUACCACGUGUAUUAUUAUUAUUUGCGGUUCAAUGCAAAUUGUCAAAUAUUCCUUUUUCUCUUCCAA